CUGAGGCUUUUUCUCUUUCCCACAAUUAGUAUUUUGCGACUGGCUGCAGUUUUCUGUGCGGCUGCUGCUGCUGCUCAUACGCAAUCCCUGGAUAGGUGGUUGCCAUGGAUUCCUGGGUCACAUGCGUGGGUUUCCUAUUGCCAGAAGCAGCAGAAGAUGCUUGGACCCAAAAAAUCCAGAGCCAUUUUCAUUCAGGAAAAACCGGAGGAUCCGCUUGUGGACGCUCCGCUGACUGACCGCGGCUGGACCCUCUCUGCAGUCCGUUUUUUUCUCCGUCCUCUGAUCUGAUCCGUGUCCCUUUUUUUUUUUUUUUUUUUUUUUGGGGGGGGGUUUUGUCGCAGACUCGCAGCCAACCGCUUUUGUUCACAUUCAUAGACUGAUAAUAGGAAUGAGUAUAGAAAUUCCUGAAGGACUGACGGAGCUGUUACAGAGCUUUACCGUGGAAGUGUUAAGGAACCAGCCCAGGGAUUUGCUCGAGUUCGCCUUGCAGUACUUCACCCAGCUGAAGGACAGCGAGACCAAAGAGGCCUCCUUCGGCAAUGACCAAAAUUCGGCCCCGAGAUCUGGGAAAGCGGUCAAUUUCAUUGACGAGGCCAUGCAGAUCGAUUCUGAGAACGGAGAGGAGGAGGAGGAGGAGGACGACGACGAAGACGACGAGGAAUUUAUAGCCCCGGUGAUAAAUAGGUUCAUCAGAAGAGCAUCAGUGUGUGCUGAGGCAUUUAAUCCUGAUGAAGAUGACGAUGACAAAGAACCAAGGGUCACACACCCCAAAACAGAUGAGCAGAGACAGAGACUACAGGAAGCGUGUCGGGACAUUCUUCUGUUCAAGAAUUUGGAUCCAGAAGAGAUGUCUCAGGUACUGGAUGCCAUGUUUGAGAAGCUCUGCACGGAAGGAGAGCACAUAAUUGAUCAAGAUGACGAUGGGGACAACUUCUAUGUAAUUGAAAGUGGAACGUUUAACAUUUUUGUGAAAGUUGAGGGCAUGGAUAAGAUGGUGGGCUGCUAUGACAACAGGGGCAGCUUUGGAGAACUAGCACUGAUGUACAACACCCCUAGAGCCGCCACAAUCAUCGCCACCUCGCCUGGAGCCCUUUGGUGCCUGGAUCGUCUGACAUUCAGGAGGAUCAUAGUGAAGAACAAUGCCAAGAAGAGGAGGCUCUAUGAGGCAUUCAUUGAAACACUACCGCUGCUCACAUCUUUAGAGCUGUCAGAAAGAAUGAAGGUGGUAGACGUGCUGUCCACCAGAGUAUACAACGAUUCUCAGCAGAUUAUUGCUCAGGGGGAUUUAGCAGAUUGCUUCUACAUUGUGGAAAGUGGUCAAGUUAGGAUCACCAUGAAGAGAAACCGGGCUAAAAAAGACCAGGAGGAAGAGGAGGUGGAUAUUGCCAUGUGUACAAGGGGCCAGUAUUUUGGAGAGUUAGCUCUAGUCACAAACAAGCCCAGGGCUGCCUCUGCAUAUGCUGUGGGGAGUGUCAAAUGUUUGGUUAUGGAUGUUCAAGCUUUUGAGAGGCUGCUCGGCCCGUGCAUGGACAUCAUGAAGAGAAACAUUGCUAACUAUGAGGAGCAGCUGGUGACCCUGAGGCUUCCUCUGAAACCAUCAAUUCCCACCCCUCGAGUGAAUGCUUCAGAGUUUCUUGAUGGCGAUAGAUAUGCUGAAGUGUCAUGUCUGAUGAUGGAAGUUGAGUAAGCUGCACUGUUGGUUUUGGAAAAAAAAGCAGUUACAAAACUUUUUUGUGAGAAUGGAUGAGUCCUUCGAUCCUCUCAAGUGUAACGAGGACCUGCCUUCCUCACCUGGGUGUGCCAUGGAUUACGAUGACAUGCCGGAGUUGCAGGAGGUAGAGGAAGACCAGAGGUCUCAGGGCUUAUUUCAGGUGGGAGCAGUGUCUCACCAGGAGCUCAGCGGCUCUCCAAACACCAACUGGCUCGCUGAGUUGGCCAAGAUCGCGACCAGUCCUCAGAGCCCUCUGCUAAAGGACGCUCCUCACAAGAGAUCAUCCCCAGUUCAUAUUUUUGGCAACAGCAAUAGUUUACAUUCCUACGCCCGGCCCCCGUUAGCCAGCAGCGCACCCAACCCGUCCAGGGGCCACCUCAGGGAGCGCAGGCGUGUCAGGGCCAGCAGUGAAUCAGAGUCUGGGGUAUUCUCCAUGUCCUCAUCGUUUUCUGAUGAUGAAGAUAUGGCCUGGUCUCAUUCCUGGCCCUCCACAAGCUGGCAUUGCUUCCUAAAAGGAACUCGCCUGCGCUUCCAUCGCGGCCCUAAUGUGGAAUGGCAGGAAGCUGAUGAACUCGGUGAUUCAGACGAUGACUCAGAUGAAGACACCAUGAUGGCACCCUCAUUCUCUCUUAAGAGAUAUGGUUCAGAUGGGCUUAAGCUGGUGAACCAUGAGGAGACAGUAUCUUUUGGCCAGGCAGUUCUUAAACUGACCUUUGACCCUGGCUCGCCAGAUAAGGGCUUUCUGACAGCCGAAUGCCGAUUGGACCACCCUUUUUUUGUCAAAAACAAAGGAUGGUCUUCCUUCUACCCAAGCCUCACUGUGGUGCACCACGGGAUUCCUUGCUAUGAGAUGCAGCUGGGAGAUGUAUGCCUGCCACCAAACCACCCAGAUGCUAUUAACUGUGAUGACUCUGUGGUAUUUGACACUUUCAGAAGUUACGACUUCACCCCGCUGGAUUCCUCAGCAGUGUAUGUUCUCAGCAGCAUGGCCCGCCAGCGUAGGGCCUCCCUCUCCAGCGGGGGCGCUGUCAGUCCAGACUGUGACAAACUGGAGCGCUCCAGCUCCCCACAAUCCUCCGGUAGCAAAUCAAGCAGGAGCCACAACUCAGGGACAGCCAGUGGUGCCACGCCAACCAAAUGCAAGCGGCCAAUGAACGCCUUCAUGCUCUUCGCCAAGAAGUACAGAGUGGAGUACACACAGAUGUAUCCCGGAAAGGACAACAGAGCCAUUAGUGUCAUCCUGGGUGACAAGUGGAAGAAGAUGAAAAGUGAAGAGAGGAGAAUGUACACCAUGGAGGCCAAGGCUUUGGCUGAGGAACAGAAAAGACUCAAUCCAGACUGCUGGAAGCGUAAAAGAACCAACUCAGGUUCCCAGCAGACCUAAACAACCCCAAGAAUCUCGAGCUGCUGAUGUUUUAGCACGCAGAGGUUCUGAACAGAUUCUGUUGGACUGCUUAAUGCCUCUUUACUCUCCUGUAUUCUUGAGACUCAACUGUGAUGCUGAAUUCACUCGCGUUUUGUAACCUUAAAACAUUAUAGUGGCAAAGCAGAAUUAUGAAAAGUAUAAAAAAAAAACAUGUAAUCUAGUCACUAACAGUGCAUAUAUUUUCUUAUAUCAUUAAUGUCCAAGAUGUCUUAUUCCCCGUCUUAUAAGAGAAAGCAGGAAACGCCUCAUGUAUUUCAGGUAAUUUCUUAUUCAGUGGUGGGAAAAAAAAAAAAACAAUAGCUUGUGGUGCUAUGCUUCAGCGUAGAAGGAGCGUCAAGCAGCUAUUCAUAAUUGUAAAAAUGGGAAUUUUAGAUAACUUUAAAGAAAAACUCUUCAUAUUGGUAUAUGUAAGAUUCAGUAUAUUGCACAGAUUGGUUACCCUUUCAUAAAAUUUGUAUUUCAGUGUCUAGUAUGCCACAGAGCUAUCGCCAGCUGUUAAUGAUUCUGACCGGCCAACCGCCUGCCUGUGGCGGUAGGCCUAACCUCAGUCACCGAGCACUUCUGGCCUUCUCUGCAAGUGCUUAUAUCUACUGCACUUUAUAUAAAUAAUGUAAUCUAAUCCUAUACAGCCAUUGUAUACUGGUGGAAACAAUAUGUUUAAGUACCCUCAUAGUUAGCCAUUCUGGACACGAUCAUGACCCGGCAGACAUGCUCUGCUUUCAGGUUGCAUUUGAAUUUUUAAGUGCUUUGUUCAUAAUGUACAGGUUCCACAUCACCAACAACCUCUUGCACAGAAUAUCCUUGUAUCAUAUUAUAAAUAAUUUUUUUAAACUUCUCA